UCGUCGUCGACCGUCGUCGUCGUCGUCGUACGUUUGCGCUUGAUUCAGCUGUUGCGAGCUGUUGUCCGGUCUCACGCAAUCGGGGUGCCCGGUGCGUUUGCGUGCGGCAUACGUGUACCCGACGACGCGACGCUCUCCGCAAUUGCAAUCCGAACCGAGGGCGAGCCCCGCUGACGAAGCCGCUGACGGCAGCCGAGGACGAGAACGAUGACGGGGUUCACGGAGAGCGCCCUGGUCAAACGCUUGAUGGACCUGAACCCGUCGCAGCAGAGCAUCCAGACGCUCUCGCUCUGGCUGAUACAUCACAGAAAGCACCACCCGACCAUCGUGAAGAUCUGGUACAAGGAGAUGUGCAAAGUGAAGGACAAUCGCAAGCUGAUGUUUAUGUAUCUGGCGAAUGACGUCAUCCAGAAUAGCAAGAAGAAAGGGCCCGAGUUUGGGAAGGAAUUCGAGUCGGUCCUGCCAAAAGCCUUCGAGCACAUGAAGGGUUUUGAUGAAAAGACGAGAGAGCGGUUAAACAGGUUAUUGCAGAUCUGGGAGGAGAGAGGGGUUUAUGACAAAGCACAGAUAACUGAAUUUAAAGCAGCUUUCGCAGAAUCUGAGAAGAAUUCUACGGCACCGCCGAAGAAGAAAGCGAAAGUUGAAGUAGAAAAAGUAAAGAAGGAAAAGAAGGAAAGGAAAAAGUCAGAGACCGAGGUGGUGGAGGUGGACGGCACCAAAGAGCUUCAUGUGACGUUGAGCCCGAGGACCCCCGGCGGCGACCCACCGGAAACCGAGGAACUCAUCAAGGCCUUAAUGGAUCUGGAAAACACCGCGUCCUCGGACGCCGGUGUCAGGGAGCGCAUCGCGUCCCUACCGCCGGAGGUGUCGGAGGUCUCGCUGCUCGCGAAUCUCGCCGACCGAACGGCCGCGGAUCAGUUGAGCGCGGCGGUGAACGAGGCCGCCGCCCUGCUCGCCGAUUACAACGGGCGGCUGCAGGCCGAGAUGGAGGACAGGAGAAGACUGCUGACGAUGCUGCGAGAUUACACUCUGGCGCAGAGGCAACUACUUCAACAGGCUCAAAGCACUCUAGAGGACUACAAAGAGAAGCUCAAGAAGGUGUGCGCAGUUCGGUCGGAGGUGAAGUCUCACAUUUCGAAUCUUCCCGAUUUAACGCAACUGCCCGACGUGACCGGCGGCCUGGCGCCUCUUCCCUCCGCCGGCGAUCUGUUUUCCAUGCACUAGUGUAAGCUCGGAAGCGCUUGGGCAAGUUGCGUUCACACACACGUAUAUAUAUAUAGUUUAUCACUUCGUUUCAUCAUGCGGAUGUAAGGCGAGAAUUUUGUCGCGAGAUCCACAGUACGAGAUUUGUACGACGACGAGAAAGAUUAUAGUCGAUGUAACUUUGUACCGUGGAACAUUUGAUAAAUUUCAUGUAUAUGUAUAUAUAUUAUAUAUAUGUUUAUGUUGUCGUCAAAACCCAUAAUCGUUAAAACUAAUUUUAAAUUUAGUUGAACGUCUACAGUUAUACUGUUUCACAUGAGUUUUUAAUUUUUCACACACAGCGAGGCCCAACUUUUCCGAUCCCCCCUUGUUUACGGGGUGAAACGAGCUCUAUAAUAAUUGAAGGGCUAUUAUAUUAUAUAUUCGAUAUAAUUGUACUGUCCACAUAGGUUUUUGAUUUUACAUCUAAUUAGCCAUUCUAGUUAAAACGAGUUUUAAAUUUAGUUGAACGUCUACAGUUAUACUGUUUCACAUGAGUUUUUAAUUUUUCACACACAGCGAGGCCCAACUUUUCCGAUCCCCCCCUGUUUACGGGGUGAAACGAGCUCUAUAAUAAUUGAAGGGCUAUUAUAUUAUAUAUUCGAUAUAAUUGUAUUGUCUACAUAGGUUUUCGAUUUUACAUCUAAUUAGCUAUUCUAGUUUUAACUAGUGAAUUCGGGUUUUAACGGAUUGUGAGUUUUGACGGUAACAUAUAUAAAACAAUAUACGUAUAUAUUGUUAUAUAUAU